AUGUCAACAGCAUCAAAGGUGACGCUGGCAUUGACCAGCAUUGGGGCGAUUGGCAUUAUUGUCGGUGUUCACUACGGGCAAAAGGCUGAGCGAGCAGCGAUGCAUGCUGGAGUAAUACGAGAUAUGGAAAGGCAAGCAAGAAUUCAAGCGGAGCGCCAAUUGGACUUUGAUAUGCAACAAGCUCUGGAGAAAGAGUAUCGAAAGGUGCAAGAUGUCAGAGACGCCAGCCAAGGAUAG